AUGCUUUGUAAUACUUAUUUGUUUAGAGCAAAGAUAUUCAAAGCAUUAUUUGUUUAUUUGUUUGUUUUUAGUUCUUAAUUUCAUUCACAUAUGAAUGCAUAUAUUUUAUUAAUCUUGUAAAUUUAAUACUUGUAAAAAAAGGAAGGACAGACAGACAGACAAUAAAGUCAUAGUAUUUGUGCUGUUUUCUAUCAAAUGGAGGAACAUAAUAAAGAACAAAAAGAUAAUGUUAUACAUGCAGCUGAGAAAGAAUAGCAAGAAUACUGGAUUAGCGAUUUGCAUUACAAGAUAAUUGUGGGAAUUUUUGGAUGCGGUCUGGCUGCUGGGCUAACUGUAGGAACUGUUACCAUUUUAUACAGUUUGUUCAAUCCAGGCUGA